UGGUAGCCAAUCAGCUUCUACUUGUUAAAUUAAGCUUCGACAAUAAAACCUGGAAGCUGAUUGGUUUCUAUGCAAAGCUGCACCAGAUUGUGCCGUUCCUCUCCUAUUUCUCAAGUAAGCCUAAUGGUGUUUAACCUCCCUGGCGGUAUUCCCGAGUGUAGCUCGGGCAAAGUUUCUGUACCAAAAGCGGUAACCCCCCGAGCUACACUCGGGCUUACCAUGCGGCGCUGCAUAGGGAGUCCCUGCAGAGCUUACCUUGUCCUUCGCUCCCGCGAUGUGUCCCCUGCAGCGUCCCCGGCCAUCUCCUCCGGCCGAUGCCAGCAUCCGGCUUCUGUGAUCUGGUCCCUGUGAUGUCGGGAUGUACGGGUGCCGCCGGCGGCGGCGGAAAUUUGAAAAUUUAAAAAAAAAUUCA